GCACGAAUACGAGUCACGAGUUCAUAUCCCAAUCCUCAUGGUUGCGAUACAGCCUGGGAGUUGCCCAGUUCAGAAUCCUCACCAGAUAAAGACCGUAUCCAAACCCGCAUUGCCAGUUUAAAACCUGUAGACUGAGAACGAGUGCUGAAUUCCAAUGUCUCUUCCACCAGACCUCAGGGUUCUCUGCUUCCAGCUCUCUUCGACUCCAGCAACUGAUCUCCCUCGACUUACCCCAAUCUUGUUACGCCAUGUCUUGCGGUGCCAAAUUCCGCUCUCGAGUCCUGCUGGAAACGUUGCUAAGGCCGAUGCAUCUGCUUCAUCCGUGCUUAUCCACAAGCUAAAAACUCAACUGUCGACGUUACUCAAUGGCAAGAGCCCCGAGGGAAGGUUCACAGCUGUGGUCCUAAUCAAAGCCGUUGUCGAAGUUGGAGGCUGGGAGAUUUUGCAGGGUGCAGAAUCAUGGGUUCGAGGGCUGCUGUCCUUAUUUGGGAAACCGGAUUCUCCUGCGGCAAAGGAGUUGUGUAUCAUGGCACUUACCAAGAUCUAUUGCAUGACCCAGCCAUAUCAGACUCUGGUGAGAGAGAUGACCACUCCGACCCUGCCGGCGUUCAUCACCUCUUGUCUGAACUUAAUUUCGCCGAAGUCAUCAAGUAAGGCAGUAGACGUACCCUCGUCGCUGCGAGAAACCAUCUUCAGAUCUUUCUCCAUGCUACUCCCUCGUCACACUACCAUUUAUCGUCCAUUUAUUUCCCAGAUACGUCUGGCCAUUCGCCCGUUUCUCGCCCCAACUUCGUCCGACGACCUAUUCGUGUCGCAGCUGCUCAAAGAGAGCGCGCAGCAUCUCGCCGUUCUUCUUCACCAGACUGCACCUAAAAACGCUGGCGGAGAAGAAUGGGGCAAGGCAGUUCGUGACCUCGUCCAGACUGUGCACGAGACUGCCGAUCACGUUUUUCGAGCCGUGAUCGAGGAUUGGGAGUCUACUGCUUCUUACAGCGGCAGAACUGUAGACGUUAAUCAACCUUUGCAUGGAGGCGGGAACGCUGCUGAAGACUUGUUGCCGUGGACGGGAAUUAAUUCAGGUGUCGAACGUAUUACUGGCUUGCUUGAACUAUUAGCAGAGUACUUCAAGAGUGAAACAUCUACACCUGUUACUAUUCCUCUGGGGUCUGUUUUCGAUAUGGUCACCAGAAUGCUCUCCAUUGCUGUUCCCCCAUUGUCUGCGGAAUCUUCCAAUGGUCAUGGCGCUGCACGGCUACAUCCUGCUAUCGAUCGUGACGAGAGAGAUGGUUUAUGGAGCGGCAUGCCUCAAAUAUACGUCGCUGCUCUCCAGGUUAUCAACACAAUUGCUGAGAGAAUAGAAGACGCUUUUUUGUCGAUCUCACAAGGCAGUCUCGACCAGCUGGCUUGGGUAUUCCCCUUUGGCAAGCACAGUCCAGAUUUUCGCUUAAAUGCCUACAAGCUUACUGCCAAAACCUUAUUCUACAUCGGCCAAAGCUUCGACAGGGCUCAGGUUGGAAGACUAUCUGGAAUUAUUCGGUCAUGCUGCAGGGAUCUUCAAAUUGUUGAUCCAGUCCUCAGCAGUCUCGGGGCCGUUGAGGACUCGGGAAGGAAAGCAAAGGGUCAGCUAGAAGGUUCGAAUCGCAAUGCCGAUACUUUCCUUCGGACUACGAUAGCGGUGCCGUUGAAGGAAACGGUGAAGCCUCCGGUUGCUACAGAAGCGGGCGAGCUCCUGCCACUGCUUUUAUCGCACAUACCGCAGCAAUGUCUUGACCAAUCUCUACGUUCUCUAGUCGAGCGAACGGCUAUCCUGACUCACAACAAAGGUGCAAUGCUAGCAAGCAUCUUGAAUCCUUUUGUUGGAAAGAACGGGAAGGCGAUGACGAGCAUCCUGCCUCACUUGACCCGGGCGUUUGGUGAUGACGAUACGGUAGAGAUUUUGCUUCGGCCACGCCUGCCGCUCCUUCCCUCCACGAGUACGCGAUCGUUCAACGAGGAAAGAGCGAAGGAAGACUCUGAAGAUGAAGAUAUGGAUAUUCAUCCGGAACCUGGAUCAACAGAAGAAAACAUGCCUCUUGCUACCCCUUUUCUUCAAGAUGCCGCCGCUGCGCGUCCAGGAUUUGGUCCUCCUGCAGACACGCCUGAUACCAAACACUCUCUUCCAAACUUUGCUGGCUUUGGAUCUCAUGAAGGGUCCUUGCCUAUGCCCUUAUCGAUGCCAACUCCAGCUCCAAUGCCGAAGGGGAACUCUGCACCAGAUUAUUUGGCUCCUAAGAAUGAUCACGCGGACAUCGAUAUGGACCAAGAUGAGGAGUCUUCUGGGAACGAAAGUGUGCAUCUCACGAUGCAAUUGGAUACCGAUUCCGACAGCGACGAAUAGAAAUCUAGAGCGCUCUCCCCCGCAUUCUGAGAACUCGGCCUUGUAAGAAGUCUGGUCUACUUCCCCCGUAGCUUCAAGCCUAGAAAGUUCUUCACCUGUAGCUCCCGC